AUGGCUUCCUACAUGUAUUACCCAAACUAUGCUGCUCCUCAUCAGCAGCAACCAUUCCAUGGACAUUCACAGUCUAUGGGUAGUGUUCCACCUAUGAACGCGUAUGGAUACUAUCAUCACCCAUCUGCUCAACCAUAUUAUCAGCCCCAACGUCACCAUUCAGUGAGCUACCAAAUGAUGCUUCCACCCCCUGGUAUGAUCUACAUGCCUCCUCCUCAGCUAGCUCCUGUUUCAAGGUUGCAACCUCAACCUCAACCUCAACCUCAGCCACAGCCACAGCCCCAACAGGAGCAAACGCAAGUUAACGGUGGUGUUCGUGAAGUUUUGGACUAUGAUUUGAACAUGAUGUCAGAAUUUGUUGUGAAGAACGCUUACUUGAUAUUUGAAAAUGAAGAUGCGUUCAACUCUGAAGCUUCCAGUAUUGUGGACAUUUUCACCAAGGGCGUAAGCUCUGUAUUGAAUGCCACUAGACUUCCCUCUGUCACCAUCUUCAUGGCUCUCGAUUACUUAUGUAAGUACAUCUCCAAACUUCCCAACGGUGUCGAGAGUGCAGGUGGCGAUUCAGUUAACGCAAUUUACCAAAACCUAAUGGUUUCUUUUGUUCUAGCUAACAAGUUCAAUGAUGAUAAGACAUUCACCAACAAGUCGUGGUCUCACGCUACCGGGAUGGAAACGUCAGUUAUUAAUCAAAAUGAAAGAGACUGGUUGUCGGUCUUCGAAUGGAGAUUAUUUGAUGAUCAGUUUAUGCUUUACGAGGACUAUGCUAAGUCCUUUGAAUUAUUUUGCCUGGAGAAGAAAUCACCUGCUCAUUCAUUCAAUGGCUUGAGGGACACUGCAGAAAACUACGUCACUGGUUCCGCUUCUGAACAGCCUAAUGUUGUAGGAUAUCAAACUCCUAUUAACGCUCCUUCUAUGGUUUAUUCUUCUCCAUGCUACACGGAGGAAAGAAGCGGCACUAGUAACUCGUUUUAUCAACCUAACUAUGCCUCUCCAUUAUCGAAUGGCAGUCCAGUUCCAAAGGGCGGUUUCAAUGGUUAUAGCUACAACUACUAUAGCGCUCCACUACCAACCAACCCGCUCCCUCCUAUGCCAGUUAACUCAUUAUGGGGUAACCAGAUGGAUGAUUUCUACUCUCAAGCACAAUUCGGUCCUUCGAAUGGCUAUCACUGUUUUCCCUCUAACUGA